CCUUUCCUUGCAAGCUACUACCCAAGUUGUGAACUCCUUUCCCCGGGGUUCUCUUGUCUUAGCAUUUUUGUCCCUGCAUUAUUGAGAGUUGAAGAUUUAUAAUAAAGACAAAUUCUACGUUCAUCGGUUUCUUCUUGUCUUGAUAUAUCACUUCAAUUUUUCUUAGGAUAUAUAAGAGAGCUUUAAUUUGGUAUCUUUCUUUUGCCCAUCUUGCUCCCCAAAGAAUGGAUAUUGGAAAGGGUAACUGGAAGAGGAACCUGUUUCUCAAGGCAUGGGAAAGGUGUCGAUCUCUCGGUUCUGUUAGCAAGAAAUCUGCAAGAAAUAUUUGCAACUCUUUUACAAAGAGCAAGUCAUGGCACUGCACCACAAGAUCAAUCGAAGGAAAUAAUGAGAAGCAAAAAAAGAAUUGCCAGGUAGCUCCAGAUGGCUGCUUCUCAGUCUACGUAGGACCCGAGAAACAAAGGUUUGUAAUCAAGACUGAGUUCGCUAACCAUCCAUUGUUCAAGUUGUUGCUAGAAGAUGCUGAACUGGAAUAUGGGUUCAAUAGCGAAGGUCCAAUAUUGCUUCCCUGCGAUGUUGAUUUGUUCUACAAAGUUUUAGCAGAGAUGGAUAGUGAAGAAGAGAUGAGCAUCCCUAGUUGGAGUCCAUUAAUCCUCUGCAGUCCUUCUCAUCGCUCCAUUAACAAAGGCUAUGGUGCUUAUAGACCAUUCCAUCGCGCGCGGUUGCUAAAGUUGAAUCGAUUAUAACUGUAUAUUCAACUGUUUGUAAAAGAAUAAUAUUUUCCCUCUUUGUAAUUCUAUGCACACAUAUAUAUACUUAUAUGUACAGCAUAUAACUGAAGUUUAUUCUCGAUUUUGGUUAUUCAAUACAGCAAAUUACACAUGCAAUCUCUUUAAAAUUGUGUGAUAUAUAUGCAGAA